GGCCGAGGCCAGGCGGCGGGUCAGGACCGGACAAGGGGCCGUUUGUGGGGCCGCCCUGCCCUCCCCGCCCGUUGGCCAAGGCGGAGGCUCUGACGAGGCGGCCUGGGAGGAUGAGGUUGGGCUUUUAAAAGACGGGGGCGCGUCGCCCAGCUUCUAAUUCCCCGCUGGACUUGCCCCGAGCAGCAGAAUCCCUUGGGUGCCAGCAGGCCUGGGGGCCAUGAUGGGGACAAGGAGUGGGCAGCUGUGGCCUACCCUGCUGCAGCUGGUCCUGCUGCCCGUCGUGUCCGCCUUCACGCCCUCCCUGGACAGCGAUUUCACCUUCACCCUCCCGGCCGGCCACAAAGAAUGCUUCUUCCAGCCCAUGCCCCGCCAGGCCUCGCUGGAGAUCGAGUACCAGGUUUUAGAUGGAGCUGGAUUAGAUAUUGAUUUCUACAUUACGUCUCCAAAAGGAGAAACAUUAAUUUCUGAGCAGAGAAAAUCAGAUGGAGUCCACACAGUGGACACCGAAGAGGGAGACUACAUGUUUUGCUUUGACAAUUCAUUCAGUACCAUUUCCGAGAAAGUGAUUUUCUUCGAACUAAUCCUUGAUAAUAUGGGGGAACAGGCGCAAGACCAAGAUGACUGGAAGAAGUAUAUUACUGGCACAGAUACAUUGGAUAUGAAACUGGAAGACAUUCUAGAAUCCAUUGAUAACAUCAAGUCCAGACUGAGCAAAAGCGUGCAUCUCCAGAAUCUCCUGAAAGCAUUCGAAGCUCGGGACCGAAAUAUACAAGAAAGCAACUUUGAUAGAGUGAAUUUCUGGUCCCUGGUCAAUUUAGGAGUAAUGGUGGUGGUGUCGGCAAUUCAGGUGUACAUGCUGAAGAGUCUUUUUGAAGAGAAGAGGAAAAGUAGAACUUAACAUCUGGAGCUGCCCUAAUCCCUAAAAGUGGCAGAAAACCAUACAACAGACUUGCAGAAAAGGAUAUUGGUAUUCUCUUCACACUUGUUUUCAGCAGGAACUAUACUUAAAGGGCCUCUGAUUCACAUGUAACUUGAAUAUGGCAUAAUAUUUUCCUUUCAUCCCUAAAGUGCAAUUACCAAUCUCCACUGAAUGUCCCUUGUAGGGUUUUUGCAGUAUUUUUGUACGUGAUGGUUAACGUGAAUCAAAUUACAGGUAUUAGCUCACGAUAGUCUAAAGCAAUAAUGAUCCUGCCGUGGUUUUGAAAAGCAUUUCCCUAAGUCACGGUCAUUCUUUUAUGGAGUAUCUCUUGUCCUUUAGAGAACUUCACAACCAAGUAUUACACAGACUUGCUGUAUAUAUUCCCCGAACCUCUGUGUGCUUCAGCGGUUUUCUAACUUGGGCCAACUAUGUUACAUCUCGGGAAUAUUAACUGUAAAAUCUUUCUUGAACGAGCUACCUAAGGGAUUACUAUUUACUUCAAACAUAGGGGUCCUCAUCUUUCUGUACCUGCACCUAACUCCCAGUAGAAUACAUAGCUGAUUGUGUGUGCCGUUAAAGUUGAGCGCAUUGGGUUUUAGCCUGCUUUUAAUUUGGACUUUAUAGUGAAGACUAAAGGGGGAUUUUUGUAUUUUUGUAUCCAAAAAAUGGCUCCGCAAUCAUGUGACCAGUUUAACAAGUGUACCUACCGGACUCAGAUGCUAAAGUAUUAAGAUUGGUUCCUUCGGCAAUUACUAAGAAAAAUUAGGAAGCCGCCUGAUUGUCCAGUUUAUCAGAACACGUCUUCUAGGAGGUGCUUCUUAAAAUGCACACUGGCUCAAUGCUUUGAAACAAUGAAUUAAAAAUGCAGAAAAUAUAUUACUUUUUAUACUGUCUAAUUUAAGUGAUCUCUAAUGCGAAGUUUCACAUUUGCUUGAUGCUAGUUUUUAAACUUUUUUAAACCUCCUCGUGGUUUCACUUAAAGUUAUUUUAACUCUUAUUUGCGCAGUGACAUAGCUAGUGGGGCAGAGACUUAUUUAUUUGUAAUCUUUAAAAGCUCAAGAGGAAUGAAAAAAUGUUUUAAUUAUAGCAUGAGCUUCUCUUUAUAAUAACAAAUAAUGCCUGUAACUGUGCACCCAUUUUCCUUUACAGGGAAAAACCUAAGAUCUUUCAGUUUGAUUAAAUUCUGUUCUCUCUGUACCAACAAGGAAUACUUGUUUAGAAAUUUUGCCCAUCAUAAGCCAGUUACAACGUUAAUCCCCUCGGGAAGUGAAUUAACAGUUCCCAGUGACAGUCUGCUCUGGGGACCAUUCGAUGCUGCUUUUAUUUCUCGAUUCACUGACCCAACUUCGACCCUGCCUGUAAAAAUCUUACCCAUCCUGCUGGGCUUUUGGGCUGACUUGAACCAGCCCUGGUGUGAGUUGCAGCACUUUGUUGAGAUGACUUUGCUACUUUGGUCAACAAUUUUCUAUUUAGUAGGCCCGUUAUGAUUACUAAAAACAUGGAGAAACUCACAUUACACCUAGGUGCAAGGCUGAGAGAUUUUUACUGUACUGGCUCUUGCCCUCCACUCACUGCAGUUACAUCUGUAGUUCAUACAUAUGGAGGGGGGGAAAAAGGUACACUCCAAGAUAUUGAGAUUGGAAGAAAUGUCCCAAAUCGUGUAAGAGUCGAUCAACGAGCCAAGAGGCCAACCACCUUCUUUUUUCCCCACUCUGAAACAGCCAGCUCCAGUUCUUUAGCACAACAUCAUUUUAAGCCAAUUAAUGCCUCCUCCCUUAAUUGACCAAUUAACAGUUCUCCAUUUCCUCAUUUUCCUGUAUUAGCAAUUCAAGGAGGAAAAGCUCUGUGGGGCAACAAAGAAUCACAGUCACUGAAGCAGCCCAAUUUCUUUUUUCCAGCCACAAAACUGUUUUCUGAGAAUCUUUAUGAGAUGCGAUUUUAAUUUUAGCACCGUUAAUAUUAAGCCAUUUAGCCGUGACCUGCUGCAUCUUUCUAUAAAACUGUGAUUAAGAACUCUACCUCCUAUAUAGGUAUGACAGGCUACUGUAUUCUGGCUCCUCCUCUGACACUGGCCUUUCUAAGGACAUUCAUAGAAGGUGGAUUGCACCACAAAUUUUAGACAAAAGGUACUCUAACAUGCCAUCUGAGGUUAUCUUAAUUACUGAUGGGCAUUUCGGGGAGGAAAUUGUGGGGUUAGAGAGCUCAAGAUAGUGGGAAUUUCUUCGGUGAGUUUUCAUCUCCACAAAGUGAUUGUAAAAAAAAAAAAAAAUUGAAUUGAGGAGCCUAUUACCUUGUAUUUUAAAAAGAUACAAAUCCAGAUGUGUAAAUUGCAAAAAAAAUAUAAACGUGAAUAUUUUUGAA